AUGCAACCAUCGAACGGUUCUGAUUCGACCACUACGCAGGCGGAGACUAACAAACCGCAUCGUCAACCGACGCCUCAGGCGGUGGCGGUACCGCAGCCGUGGGUUCCGAUGCAGUAUCCGACGGCUAUGGUAAUGCCGCAUCACAUGAUGCCGCCUCAGCAUUACGCUCCGCCGCCUUAUGUGCCGUAUCAUCACCACCAUCAGUUUCAGCAGCAGCCGUUGCACGUGCCGCAUCACCAUCAGAAUCAUCAUCAGCAGCAUGGAUCCAAUGGAGAGAAUAAGACUCUGUGGAUUGGAGAUUUGCAUAACUGGAUGGAUGAGAAUUAUCUUCAUCGCUGUUUUGCUUCCACCGGAGAGAUUACCUCCAUCAAGGUUAUUCGUAAUAAGCAUAGUGGUAUUUCAGAGGGAUAUGGAUUUGUGGAAUUUUUUUCACAUGCCACAGCUGAGAAAGUUUUACAGAAUUAUGCUGGAAUGUUGAUGCCAAAUGCUGAUCAAUCUUUCCGUCUGAACUGGGCUACAUUUAGCACAGGAGACAAGGGUUCAGAUAAUGUUACUGAUCUUUCUAUUUUUGUAGGAGAUUUAGCUGCUGAUGUUACAGAUAGCCUGUUGCAUGAAACUUUUGCUGGUUCAUAUCCUUCUGUUAAAGCUGCAAAAGUUGUUUAUGAUGCCAAUACUGGCCGUUCAAAGGGCUACGGAUUCGUCAGGUUUGGAGAUGAAAGUGAGAGAUCUCAGGCUAUGACUCAAAUGAAUGGAGUUUACUGUUCUACCAGGCCCAUGCGUAUUGGUGCUGCAACUCCAAGGAAAUCAUCUGGCCAUCAAGGAGGCCAGUCAAAUGGCACAUCCAGCCAAUCUGAGACAGACUCUACCAACACAACUAUAUUUGUUGGAGGACUCGACCCUAAUGUUACAGAUGAAGAUCUUAGGCAGACAUUCUCGGAGUAUGGUGAGAUAACCUCUGUUAAGAUACCUGUUGGAAAGGGCUGUGGCUUUGUUCAAUUUGCAAACAGAAAUAAUGCUGAAGAGGCUCUGCAGAAGCUUAAUGGGACAAUGAUUGGCAAGCAAACUGUUCGUCUCUCUUGGGGCCGCAAUCCUGCAAACAAACAGUUUAGGUUUGACUUCGGAAGCUGGGCGCCAUAUUUUCCAUCCCCUAUUUAUGAUGGAUACGGAUAUAUGCCUUCUCCUCAUCAUGAUCCAAGCGUGUAUCCUCUUCCUUAUGGAGGUUACCCUAUUUAUGGAGGUCACCAACAACAAGUAAGCUGA